AUGGAAUAUGAAGAGGAUGAUGAUAUUUCCUUUGCAAAAUGGAUGAGCAGCUUCUGGGGCCACAACUUGAUCGAUGAGAAUGAGAAAGACGGUAGAGGCCACAAGAAACGUCAGAUACGACCCUUUAGUGAAAGGAGAGCCUCCCUUCCGGCCAGGCUUUCCUCCCUCCAUACAACACGACUUCAUGCCUCUACCAAAGGCUCAUCUUCAGGGCACCUCAAAGGCUCCAAGGAAUUUCAAGAAGACCAAGAUGUCAAAUGCAACUGCCACAGGAAGGCAAGCAGAAUACCUUCAGCAGACAGCUCAUGCCCAGAGACAAGAACAAACUCCGUCCAGGAAUUUGCAGAGUCCUUCAAAAAGCAAUUGCAUCUCAAAAGCAAACGCUCAGUUUCUUUGCAACCUGAAGGCAUGAAGGAGAGAAGAGAAAGAGAGCGAUUGCAUUUGGGAAAAAACAAGUCUCACAAGAGAAUGGGAGAGAAAUCAGAGCCAAGGAGAGAGCAGAAAGAAGAUGAAGGUUCAGAAGUUGUACCUGCAAAAUACAACAAACAGUUUCCAUCACAAGCAAGCACUGAGAAAGGAUAUUUAUGCACAGGCAGCCAGAAUGAGGAAGAUUUGGAUCCGUGUGUUACUUGUCAUGAUGACUUGGGGACUGGCAGCAACACAGAACUUCACUGCAUGCACAACUUUCACAAAGAGUGUAUUCAAAAGUGGCUGCUAAAGAAACCAACCUGUCCAACAUGUCGUGUCCAGAUGCUUCUGUAA